CCCUCGGGCGGCGGGAAGAGCCGGCGCGAGAAUGGAGGUGCAGGCGAGCUGUAGUGGCGCGGGCGAGCGCGGGGCCCAGGACCUUGCCCCCGCCCCCAGCAAGGCCUCCGGCAGCGCCGGCCACUACGAGCUGCCGUGGGUUGAAAAAUACAGGCCAGUAAAGCUGAACGAAAUUGUUGGGAAUGAAGACACUGUGAGCAGGCUGGAGGUCUUUGCAAGAGAAGGGAAUGUGCCCAAUAUCAUAAUUGCUGGCCCCCCAGGAACUGGUAAAACUACAAGCAUCCUGUGUUUGGCACGAGCCCUGCUGGGCCCAGCACUUAAGGAUGCCGUUUUGGAACUCAAUGCUUCAAAUGACAGGGGCAUCGACGUUGUGAGGAAUAAAAUCAAGAUGUUUGCACAACAGAAGGUCACCCUUCCCAAAGGUCGGCACAAAGUCGUCAUCCUGGAUGAAGCAGACAGCAUGACUGAUGGAGCCCAGCAAGCCUUGAGGAGAACCAUGGAAAUUUACUCCAAAACAACUCGCUUUGCUCUUGCUUGUAAUGCUUCGGAUAAAAUCAUAGAGCCCAUUCAGUCCCGGUGUGCUGUCCUCCGCUACACCAAGCUGACUGACGCGCAGAUUCUUGCCAGGCUACUGAACGUCAUCGAGAAGGAGAAAGUGCAGUACACAGACGAUGGCCUGGAGGCCAUCAUCUUCACCGCCCAGGGAGACAUGCGGCAGGCGCUGAACAACCUGCAGUCCACCUUCUCGGGAUUUGGCUUUAUUAACAGCGAGAACGUGUUCAAGGUCUGUGACGAGCCGCACCCCCUGCUGGUGAAGGAGAUGAUCCAGCAUUGUGUGAACGCCAACAUCGAGGAAGCCUACAAGAUUCUUGCUCACCUGUGGCACCUGGGCUAUUCACCAGAAGAUGUCAUUGGCAACAUUUUUCGAGUGUGUAAAACUUUCCAAAUGGCAGAAUACUUGAAACUGGAGUUUAUUAAGGAAAUUGGAUACACUCACAUGAGGGUAGCAGAAGGUGUAAGCUCCCUUCUGCAGAUGGCAGGGCUGCUGGCCAGGCUGUGUGAGAAGACAAUGGCCCCGGUGGCCAGUUAGAGUGGAGACUUGGACUGAUUCCAUUACAGGAGUCCUCAUCCCUGAAAUGCAGGACGCUUUAGGCUGGCUUUACACUUUUUACUACUUUUCACUUUACACUCUGGCUGUCAUGUUUCUAGCACAUCUCUUCCCCACAGGCGUUUGCAUUCAACCUCAGACUCAUGGAUGCAGUGACGGGUGGGAAGGCACCAGAGAGGCUCAGGGGCCCCGCCCUGGCCUGGGUGUGUGUGGGCGUUUCAGCUAAUAAAACCUCACAAUGUCUGUCAGAAGUAAGAUCACAUGAGGCAGGCCUCAAGACUAGCUUCCUGUCUCCCCGGCCCCUAGCACCCUACAAGUAGAUAGUAGGCUGGACAGGCUAAUCUCAAUUUUUCUAGAAGCCUGAAGGGAUUAGUUCCAUGGGGCGAGGGCAGGGUUUGCUGUAAUUUCCUGCAGGGCUGCAGCGGGUCGCAGGCUCUGAGUGGAGGACACAGCACAAGCCCUCAGGAGAGCUCCAGCCUGUCGCCUUUCCCACAAAGUUGUGUGGAUGCCUUGCUUUAGAUUCCCCAGCAAGUUUGCUGUUAACUUGUAGAAUUGCCUUUUUGUUUUUUGCAAAGUAGUAUUUUUUCCACUUUUUAAAUUAUGUAAAAUUUCAAUUGUAUAUAAAAGUAGAGGGAAUAACAAGGCAAACCUUCAUGUACUCAUCAUCCACCUGAACGAUGGAUGGUGUUAUUAGCACGGGGCCAAGCUUGUCUCCUGUCUCCCUCCUGCCACCGUGCUUGGCUCUCAGACUGCUUUGAAGCAAAUCCCAGGCAUAGUUUCAGAACGAUGUUUUUAAGGGGGUGGAAGUGACAGCUUCCAUGACUGACACGACAUGGUCUCAUGUGGAAAGCUGUCAUUGAAACACCUUGCAAGCAUGCUGGCCCGUGGACAAAGCUGCUGAGUGUGGCUGCAUGUGCCUGCGCUGCCGAGAGCUGGCAAAGCUGGGCAGGCUCUUGGGCUUGCUCUCCCCUUGAGUUGUGGGUCACAGAUGGCCUCAUGUUCUAGUCUGAAUUUUUGGGAGCAGGCAGGUCAGGGCCCUGAGUGGGGACACUAAACAGACAAAGGAAAGUUUCCAAUGACUGGUUCUUUGGGUUAGGGUUUCAGUUAAGGGGGAAAAAUUAAAAAUAAUUAAAGCCCUCAGA